UGCAAUUGAAAAAUGAGUAAUUCAGUUAUUCAAAAAUUAUACCAGCAAUUCCACGAGAAACGUGCAUUAAAUAUGCAUUUAAAAGAAAAACGCUUGCAUUUGUGUGCCGAUCGUGUCCCAUUCGAAGAUUGGAAAAGAAUUUUAACAAGAAUUGCACACGACCGAAAUCUUUCCGAGAUUGUAAUCUACAGUCGUUGUCGCAAUAAAAAAAUACAAGAAAUAAACACAGAAGAACAACUAACGAAGUUUCGACGAUGUAGGCGUAACGAUCCUGUCCUUUACACGAAUUUCUUCCUGCGAUGUCUCGUCGAUUCGAUAGCCACUUCUCUGACUUCACCAUCCACAAUUACUUCUGCAACCUUAGACGGUGUUCCACUUCCUCUGAAAUAUCUUAAGGUUAUCACCGAGGCCCUGCAGGAUAAUCAGAAUUUGAUCCAUCUUGCAUUCAUAAGAUGUCGUAUAGGAGAUACAGAUGUUUCAGGCUGCCAGUUCAUCUUGGAUGCUUUGAGAAAUAAUGCAAAGUUCAAAAUAUUGAAUUUGUCUGGAUGUUGUCUUACUGUUAGAAGCGCUCAGUGCUUGGCUGAUUUUCUUAAAAGGAGGAAAGCAUGGAUUCUAAAAAAUACUUUGGGAGGAUACGCAUCGCAGGAUUGUCAUGAGAUUGAUAUUCAAGGUAUCCAGUCCUUGAUCCUGAAUAAGAAUCCAAAAAUAGGAGACUGCGGGCUUAAAAUAUUGGUAUACGUGUUGAGAGAUGAUUUUUGGAUGAAACAUUUGGGAUUGCGACACUGUGAUAUUUCAAAAAAUGGAGCCAAAGCUAUAAUUGAUCUGCUGGAAGCAAAUAAUGUUAUUAUGAGACUCGAUCUGAAGGAGAAUAAAAUCCCAGAUAAUAUUUUGCAAAGUGUGGUUAGAAUUUUGAAAGAACGAGAGAAAGGGGAGAAAGUAUCAAUGACAAGUAGAUUGUUGAACAGAAGAAUCAGGGAUAGCACGAAAAGUCAUGAGGUACAUUUUGAAAAGUCAAGGAAUUCUCAAGAAGAAAAAUAUAGUUCCAACAAGUUGCUAAAGAAGAGAACAAAGAAGGAACGUCACAAAAGAGUUCGCUGUACAAAGAACCAAACUAACAGUUCCAAGAAUGAAAAGGAUCAUUCUAAAAGGAUUGACAUACUAAGUGAUUUCAACCUGUAUGAAUUAUCCCUACUAUUGACAGAUAUGAAUAAAUCUAAUUACAAUUUAAGCCAAGAAUUGCAGAAGGAAAAGACAUUAUAUGGAGAAGAGAAACAACAUAGAUUAAAAGCAGAAAAUCAAUAUCGUGAAUUAGAAGAUAAAAUUAAGGGACUGCAAAAUAGUAUUCUUAAACAAAAGGGAGUCCUUGCCAAAACACGUCAGAACAAUGAAGUUUGUGCUCAACUGCAGAUUAUAUUUGAUGAAUUGCGAAAUGUGACACCAUGCAAAAAAUAAUUAGAUAUUACCGAAACUAAUUCAAUAACAAAAAUAAAACAUGAAUUGAUUAACCUGCAUUCA